AUGCUCGACCUCAGUCAGGCCCUGCUCCUGGGCCUCGUCGCCGCAGCGGGCUACAUAAUGUAUCGUGGGUCCAGACACGAUCCACGUGAGCCGCCAAUACUGUCGAAUGGAAUUCCUAUAGUCGGACACAUGCUCGGUAUGAUGUGGUACGGAGUUGGAUAUUGGACAAUGCAGGCAAAGCAGAAAGCAUCCUAUUCCAUCUUUGGAAUUGACCUGUUGUUCACUAAAAUCUACAUCAUCACUUCGCCAGAGCUGAUGCAGUCCAUCCAGCGCAGCAAGUCUCUCAGUUUAGAUCCCCUCUUGGAUCUUGCCGUGCUCAGAUUCUCGGGUAUUACCAACAAGCAGACUUUGGAUCUGAUGCUUGACGCCAGUUCUGGCGGCCAGGGCUUUGCUCAAAAGCUCAUGCAUGCAUUGGCACCUACGAUGAUUGGAAAAUCAUUGGAUCAAAUGAACAUUCGGAUGGUUCGCUUUAUGACGCCUCUCAUUGAUGAGUUGGGAGAUAAGUCCUCUGUCGAUCUUUACAAGUGGUGCCGGGAUGCUAUCACUGAUGCUAGCAAUGAUACUAUGUUUGGGCCCAUGAACCCGUUUAAGGAUAAGGAAUUAUCCGAUGCAUUCUGGGACUAUGAAAAUAAUUUGGGCGCGCUCGUGGCCAACGCGUUACCCUGGCUCACUGCACGCAAGCCGCUGAAGGCCCGUGAGAAGAUUGCCGCUGCGAUCUUGAAAUACCAUCAAAGCGGAGGGGUCGAGCAAGCAUCUGAGUUGGUUAAAUUGAGACACACCUCGAUUCUCGGGGCGGGAAUCUCGCCGGAGGAGUAUGCGCUUCUAGAGACACCCCUGCCAACAGGGUUUCUCUCGAACACCGUCCCGGCAGCAUUCUGGUCUUUAUAUGAUAUCUACUGCCGUCCAGAGCUCCUAAACGAUCUUCGUAAAGAGGUGGAACUAAACGCCCUCUCUAUUCGGACCAAUGGCACUCAUAUUAUAGAUAUCGGCGCUCUACGGGGAAGAUGUCCGCUUCUUCUAUCUACAUUCCAAGAGAUUUUACGGACGCGAACAAUGUCAUCACCUACGCGAUAUGUAACUCAGGAUACACUGAUUGCCGACAAAUAUCUUCUCAAAGCAGCCAGCCUCGUUACUAUGCCAUCCAUUGAGAUGGGGAAACAGCCCGAAGUCUGGGGAGAAACAGCAAAUGUUUUUGAUGCUCAGAGGUUCAUGAAAGGGGUGGCCUCGGAGACCCGCCCAAGUGAAAGAGAGCCCCGCCGUCUUGGUGGGUUCAUGACAUUCGGUGUCUCGCCCACAAUCUGUCCUGGUCGUCAUUUUGCCAGCUCUGAGAUAUUAGGAAUGGUUGCCACCAUGAUUCUGCAAUAUGAUAUAUCCCCCGUGUGCGGGACCUGGGAAGAACCAGAGAAGUUUUUAUCUUCCCUUGUGUCUAUUAUGACUCCCGUGAGGGGUGCGUUCCCAGUCAACGUGAAGCGAAGGCGGCAAUAUGAAGAUACCAAAUGGGAUUUCCAUGUGGAGGAAGGCAAAGGGCAAUUUCCGUUAGUGAUUGGAUAG